CUCUGUUACUAACUCUGCAUGAUAGAAAACCAUCAGCUCUACCGUCUAUAUCCCAUCCUCAUCUUUGCUCAUUUUAACAAUACCUUGUCAAACUAUAGAAUUGGUCACAACCCUAUAGUCGCAUGGUUCUAAGCUGUGUGAAGCGAGGAACGCAUGCAUUCUACAUGUGAUGGUGGCACGGGGGGCGUCAAGCCACUGAGCACCACAUCAGCGACGCCGUGCUAUUAUACUGUACCUCCCAGUAUUUUAGAUCUAGAUUUCGGGAGAUUUUGCAUCUGUCGUGACUAUCUGCAUGAUGGAUAUCUAGGCUUUGAAAGCGCGAGGGGAAACAAAUUUGACGGUAAAAAUUGCAACCAGGGUUUAUCUUCCCGUCAUCGAUUUUGCUUACGCACAGCGUUUCAUCGGAUUGGAUGUUUCGAUGCUUUUAAUAUAUAUUUCGAAGCUUCAAAAUAGUCUUGGUCCACACAGGACCCAUGGACCUUAAUGUGGUUCACUGGGCCACUCUGACUUUUAAUAUGAGUUGUCGUGCAUUUCGACGGAUGUGGGCGAUGUCUUAAAAUAUGUUGGCUGUCAGUACCAAGGCUUGACACGGCCCGGAUGUGGGUAUUGGGGGGGGAGAUAAACGAGACAUUGACAGCGGCAUCGGCAGUUGAAGACCCCCUUUCAUCCGAAGUGAAAAGACAUUCCUUACGGCUUCUACGAAAGAAAGUUUAAGAUUAUGGAGAUCCAACAGAUCCCACGAUUCCGCGCUGCAAAGAACGAUCGCCACAUCUCGAAUCCUCUCGUUAUCUUGCCCAUUCGUGCCUGUCAAAUACGGUCCGAGAAUGCCUCCGGACGUCGCCAUCCCCACCACGUGGGGUUAAACAUCGGUGAUCAUGCCCCAGGAAUGGAUGUCGCCGACGCAUCUUUCAUGGAUUAGGGUGUGCACGGUGCUACGAGAUAGCACAAUACGCUUCACAUGUGACUUCCCCUCCUGCCAUCUUGAGCCGUUGUGAGACUGCCCUGCGAUGUCGUGAGAGGAUCUUAGAGCUAAUAUAGCCUCGCGACUGUCCUUUCGGCCCUGUUACCUAUCCACGUGGUAUUGAUAAUGGCGGGCUAUUAUAUACUAUAAGGGAACGUUGACAGCGUCCCUCGGGCCUGUUAACGUUACACGUGGAGACGACUGGGCAGUAUAUAUCUGACGAAGGAACCCAGCGGCAGGGAAACCGAAUUGUCAAGAUAAGCUGGAAGACUCUGAAAAAUACCAGAGCCAAGAUGGUCGCCAACUCGUUUACCGCGAGAUGCCUCGGCGUUGCCGCCCUCCUUACCGGGGCCCAAGCCGUCACCACCUUCACCGACGCGCAGAUGAAUGCCUAUCUCAGCUCGGGAGGCACUGACCUGGCCUACGCUUACGCACCUGUCUUCUUCUUCUCCCAAUCCCAAAAGCAGGUCCCCACGUACCCCACCUGGGCCUUCCGCGGCUCGCCCGACACGCCCGACAUCUACGACCUCGCGCACCAGACCAUCCCAGCGCCGCAAUGCCAGUACCCGAACGUUGGGUGCAACAGCCGCAACCCGGGCGUGCCGAUUGGCAACCAGGGUCCACGCUUCCCGGUUUACUUCACCACGAAGAAAUGCAGUGACACCGAGGUUCGCGUCGUGUACAAUCUGUACUACCAGAAGGACGGCGCAAAGGUCCUAUUCGUCGACACUGGACACGAGCAUGACUGGGAGCGCGUUAUCGUCAUCCACACCCGUGAUGCCAGCUCUACCUGGAUGCCCACCCGUGCUCUGUACUCCGCCCACAGCGGAUACAGCUCCCACAACUGGAACGACAUCCAGAACACCUUGACCACUGCAGACGCCGAGGCUGGCAAGGGUCCCGAGCCCAACGGCCUGCGUGGCCUGGACCACCCCAAGGCGUACGUCUCGUGGUCGAAGCAUGCGCACUACCACGACCGCAACACGGGGUGGAACGAUGCCAUCUCUCAGUCUACUGAGAACGCUUUCCGUGGCCAGGACUGGUGGAAGUUCGUCGAGAAGCGUGACUUCAUCCAGUCGGAUAUCGAGACGGCGGCCGGGAAGGCGCUGGAUGCGGCGAAUUGGGGGAGCGCGACGAGCGAUCCGGUGAUUGUUGAGGAUCAGGUUUGCACGGCGAGUGGUUAGAUUUGUUGCGAGAGAGUGCGGGGGGAGCCUUAUAUCUAUUUCCUUUUUUGCGAGUGUUGCGGGA